AACACGUGUUAACAAUUCAAUUAUGAUAAAAGGAAGCAAAACAUUUCAAAAACAUUCCCAGUUGAAUUUUAAAUGAUUUCUAAAAGCGUGUUUUGACUGUGCCUCAAUGUUUAAAAUAGUUAUUAAAGUUUUAUCGUUAUAAAUAUCAAGCACGUGAUCAAACAGGCACACGUUCCAAUUAAUAACCCAAGGAAAAGAACUUGACGAUUUCUAUUACAGAGAUUAUUAGACCACUGUUUAAAUACGGUAGAAUAUUUUAUUACUUAGCAUGUUUUUCGCCUUUUUCUUUCUUCAAGAACAACUCCUUUUCAACGCGAUUAGUAAUGUUAUCUACACCUGAGUAUUUUUCUAUUAUUCUGUCAUUUUCAUCAUGUUACAAAAACAGAUAUCACGUUAAAUGUCUUAACGCAUGAACUCAACAUGGAUUGGAUCUCACAUUUAGCAACAGGUAUAGCCAUAUUCCGCCUGGUGCUGAUAUGUUGCGGUAUGUGGAUACAGCUACGUGCCAUCUCCAAACGAAACAUUGUCCAAGAUUGCCAAAAGCGGUGCUUUGCCCUUGCGGGUAUAACAUAUCUUCUUGGUCUACUACCACAAUCUUUAAUCCUUCUCCUUGUUAGUUCUGAUUUAGUCAGUUCUGUAUUGGACAGUGGGUAUUUAUGUAUGGCCCAAAAAUUUGUUUGUAUGAUAGCAGUUGCUCUCCAUAACUUAAUUUUUAUAAAUUGGAUAUUAGAAUACAUAUACUCACUAAGAAUAAAGAGCAACAAUUACAUUUUAUCCUUCAUCAAACAUAAAGCCUUUGUUUAUUUUUCUGCAUCAUAUGUUACGAUUCUCAUUUUGUGCCGGAGCUACUUCAUGCAUGAUGGUGAUAGUAAAACAUUUUAUACUGAUCUUGCGACUAAAAGUGGUAACUCUUCAUUCAGUUAUUGGAUUUCAUCACCCGCUGAAAGGCCUUCUCAAGUGGUUAGACUACAACUGUUGUUGUGUGAAAGUUCCUUAGAAGAAAAUGAAAUACUUAGCUAUCUGUGUGUGUCUUAUACAUUUUUGUUAUUGCCCUUGUUUUUGCUGGGUGUAAUUUAUAAAUGGAAAUAUGGUAAGGGUAAAGAGGACGUUUCUGAGAACACUUCAGAAGAAAUUUUGGAUAAGGCAAAUGAAGGAGGGCAGCAGUGCUUAUGGUGGGAGCGAGAAGAAAACAUCCAGAGAUUUCUUUCUACAUUCAUCACAAUAUGGUUUCAUUUUAUUCAGCCUGUUAUAUUUUGUACACAUCGUGAGCAUUUUGUUGAUUUUGGAGUUCAUUUAUUGUUGACUAUAUGCGUAUUUAUUCCAUGGACUUUAUCCGAAAAUGACUAUGAUUCAUUACGGAGUUGGGUUUAAAUAUGCUUUUUUAUAAGUUUUUAUUGAAUAAAAAUGAGUUUCUUUUAUACA